UUUCAAAAGGAAGGAUUUAUUCUGGCUCUGCUGCUAUCAGCAGCUGUGGUGAACGCUGAAAUCGAGAAUGCGGUGAAACCGAAAGAUGACCUAGAGGGUUCAGCUACAGGUUAUGGUGGGGGCGGUUACGGUGGCCUUGGCGGAGGACUUGGUGGACUCGGCGGAGGAUUUGGUGGAGGUGGAGGAUUUGGUGGAGGGGGAGGUGGAGGUCUAGCUAUUCAGCUACUAUUUCAUGUCUUAUCUGAAAAAAAGCCUCCUCCAAAACCUCCUCCUAAGCCUCCUCCAAAACCUCCCCCUGCGCCUCCUCCAAAACCUCCUCCUCCACCAGCUCCAAACCCUCCCCCUGCACCUCCUCCAAAACCUCCUCCUGCACCUCCCCCAAAACCUCCUCCUCCACCACCUACUGCUACCGGAACAGCCUAUGAAGAAA